UUUUUUGUCAGUGGAUAUGUCUUCAAGAAGAAGGAAAAAUAGCGAUGAAGAGCUCAAAGAGAUGUCUAAAGUCAGAGAUGAAGAAGAUGAGCCCCUUUUUAUGAAUGAAAAGAAUGAUCACAAAAUUACGAGGAGAAAGGAUCAUAGGGAGAAUCCAAGUAUCUUCUCAUUCCUUCCUGCAUCACUGAAAUAUAUUUUCCUGGCGAUCAUGGCACUUGGAGUGAUCUUGAUCGGCUAUAUCCUAGUAUUUACUAAUAAUUCUUCAAUUGCGCUACAAAACAAAAGAAGAUUAUUGGACAAACUCAAAAAUGAACUAAUAGCAGACUAUUUAAAAACAGCUAAGGAUAUUGAGAGCACUCAAGCUGCUAAACUCACAAGCCAAGAAUUCUUUGAGCUGAUUGUCUCCUCAGAUAUGCCACUUUUUCUCGACUUUGAAAAAGAAGAAGACAACAGCAUCGAGAAAGUAAAUUUAAGGCUGAGCGAAGAAAUUUUGGAUUAUAUGUAUUCAAGAAUGGAAUAUCUCCGUUACUUACCCAUGAAUGAGAAACAUCUUGUCCAAUACAAGGAGAAUGAGGUAGUUUUAAACAUUGAUCGCAUGUUCUUAUGUAAUUUCAAUCACGAAGAUACUGGGUCUAAAGUCAAUGUUACCCUUUUGCCACCUUUCUUCACUUCAGAGAUUGAAGGAUCUCUAUUGAAUCCAAUCUCUCUGGAUUUACAGCUUGAUAAUAAAACAAAGAAUGCUCAUACUACUGAAAUUGACAAAGAGGAAUGUCUAUUCGUUCCUCCAUAUUGGUGGACCCAACUCAGCAUAAUUUCAGAAGAUGAGAAGCGAAAGAUCAAGACAGAAGAAUACCCUAUCAGGUUUUCAUACCCAGCUCCAGAACAAUUAUAAAUUUGCUUCAAUGAGGAUUAAAAAAA